UUUGGGCUGAGUGCCAACACAAAGAAAUUCGAAUAUCAGGACAAACGCCACUUCUACUCCAUCCAACUCGAAGUCUACAAACAAUUUGCCGCAGAUUCAUCCAGAUCAAGCUCCCAAUAUAUCAUUUUUUCAAAAGUCAACCAGGACGUCCUACAAGAUUUGAUCGACGAUGACGAUUUGACUGAGGUUGACGAUUUGACCGAGAUUGACGAUUUUACAUUUCCCAUCGAGUCGUAUUUUCCGGUCCUUGAAACAAUAGUAAUAAAAAUGACAACGGAAGCGCACUAUAACGCACAGGAGAAUUUCAACAGAGUGCUUAUUGCCAAGCUUCACGAAAUGAAUGGGUUGGACAAAAAGAUUACCUUUGUUCGGAAGGUUGAGACGGAGAAACGCACAAAAGAACCAGACAAGGCCUAUCGACCGAUUACAUUACCCACGAACCGCACUAGACAAUGGCCUACAUUGACGCUUGAAAUCGGCUAUUCGGAGCCUCGGUGGAAAUUGGCUAAAGAUGCCCAUUGGUGGUUAACAGAGUCGAUUGGCGCAGUCAAGACUGUAGUUACGGCCAAAAUAGAGCAAAAGAGGAGAUCGAUUGAGUUUGAGAAGUGGGUUAUGGAGGAUGACAACGACCACAUAAUUCCAAAAAUGACGUAUCAUUCUGUGCUCUCAAAGGAGACGGACGAGAAGCCAAUUCAGAUCACCAACAGCGAUCCUCUAGUCGUCGAUUUCCAACAACUUUUUCUUCGACCGGCUGCAGCGAACAUUGAAAAAGACAUCAUCUUUAGCAAGGAUGACUUGGAGGAGAUUGCUACUGCGGUGUGGGCGUCUCAA